UCCAAACCCCACGUUAAUUGCACGUAUUUUUCUAUAUAACUGACAACCGCUCCUGAAACACAAAAUUCUAACAUUCCUUCACUUGCUCAUUAUCACUACAUACCCUCUCAAAUAAAAGUUAAAUUCUCUGUAGCAGCUACACAGAAUUUUCUCAUUUGUCUCUUAAAUUAAUUGCUUGGCGACGGUAAUAAUUAACUAUUAUCAUGGCUUUCACAUGUUUUCGUAACGUGAUAGUGUUCGUUAUGGCUAUUGUUUCUUCUCUUCAAUUCAUGCAUGUCUCAUCCAUGGAAUUCCAAGUUGGUGACACUACUGGUUGGGCAGUUCCUCCCGCAAAUGACACCGAUUUUUACAACAGUUGGGCUUCCGCCAUGAGGUUCAAAAUCGGCGACACUAUCCGUUUCAAGUACAAGAAGGAUUCAGUGAUGGAGGUGACGGAUAAAGAAUACAAGAAAUGCAACUCAACGCGCCCCAAUUUCUUUUCCAACACUGGGAACACAAUGUACACGUUGGAGCAUUCUGGUUAUUACUAUUUCGCGAGUGGAGCAGCAGGACACUGUGAGAGAGGACAGCGGAUGAUCGUAAGAGUUCUGGUCCAGGAUGUGAUCAAUGACGAAGCUACUUCUGCAGCAUCGCCUCCCACAUUGUCGUUGCCACUCUUUCAACAACUUUGCGCUCUUCAGUUUCUCUUCUUCAUUCUUGUUUCACUUGUCUAGCUAGCUUAGCUAGAUCUUUAAUUUUAAACAAUUUGUUGCAGCUUUAGCUAGUUUCUUGGACUAGUUAAUUAAUUUCCUAGUUGUUAAUUAUUUAGUACGACAUUGUUUUUCUUCUGGAUAGACAUACUUCUUUUGAAUGAAUUUUCUCUAGAUUAUAUCAA